UUAUGCUUCCAAACAACGGGUAACCUCAGAUCCAAACAUCUCUCAAACUCAUAUCCGCAAAGAUCUCGUCGCCGAUCACGAAUUCAAGGUCAUCAAUGGCGUCAACGCCGGAAACCGAGGGUCAAAAACCGAAACACCGCCCGAUUGUCCGCAUCGGAAUCUUCAUAAUCGCUCACAGCUUCAUAGUCAGUGUUGUUUGCUGUACAGCUGGAGUUUUGGCUCUGUUAUUGUUACCUGUUCUCGCGAAGAAAACCUACGUGUCGGAAAAUGCGCUUAUGCCUGGUUCUGCAAUUCCUAUGAUCACUGAUCAGGAUGUUUCCGGUGCAAACAACUUCAUCAAUGAGCUAACUAGCCUAAACUCGAAGUCUCAGAGUCUCAACAUAGAAAUUCCAAGACUGAUAGCACUACACAUGGCAAACUUGGGUGGAGAAGUCAGUUAUCAUAUGUUUCAAAAUCAACCGAACAAAUUUCACCCUCUUCACUUCUUCACAAGUACUGAUACAGAAGCAAACAAUGUAAACCAGACUUGUGAAUCAUACGCUACAAAUACUGUCGGAAUUAUUAGGGCUCCACGUGGUGACGGGAAAGAAUCUAUCGUGCUUGUGACCCCUUACAACCCUGUAAAUCUUAGUCCGAACGAGACUUUAUCUUUAGGAAUCGCAUACUCUGUGUUUUCGUUAUUAACUCAAGUUAGUUGGCUAGCCAAAGAUAUCAUAUGGCUAGCCGCAGACUCACAGCACGGACAAUAUAACUCGGUUGCCGCUUGGUUAAAAGACUAUCACACCCCUUCAUUUGGUGGUUUUGGGAAGCUACAUGAUGACGAGUGCCAUAUAAGCAAUGAUAUUAUCGAAAUGGAAGUAUCUGAUACUCUUAGACGAGCUGGUACCAUGGCAGCAGCCCUCGUAAUUAAGGUCGCAAACACUGGUGAAGCAGGCGAGCAAGAUGCGUUAAACAUUUAUGCUGAGGCGUCUAACGGUCAAAUGCCGAAUCUUGACCUUAUAAACGUCGUGAGUUAUCUGGCGGUGCAUGGACAGGGACUUCGUGUACAGGUGGAUAAACUUGUGUCGUUGCUUGACUCUACAUGGCUGAAAUUCAUUGGUGAAGUGUUUGAGACGGUCGGGAAAAUUGCUAGAAGCGUGAAUCCUCAAUGGAAAUUCGGCAUUUCGGUAAAGGAGUAUGUUGAAGGCAGUGCUACUCUUGUCAGUUCACUCUAUAACCAGGCGUUAGGUGUCCCCACUGGUUCCCAUGGUGCGUUUCGUGAUUAUCAAGUUGAUGCGAUUACUAUGGAGAUUUCACCGAAACUGUUUUCUAACAGCAAAGGCAGACAAACAGAGUUGUUGUUUCGAGGUGGCAGGUUAGUUGAAGGAGUUAUACGGUCCGUCAAUAACCUCCUAGAGAAGUUUCACCAAUCCUUUUUCUUGUACUUAUUAACAUCAUCGAACAAGUUCGUAUCCGUCGGAGUCUACAUGAUCGCAUUCUUACUGCUUGUUGCUCCCCUUCCCGUUCUUGCCGCUUCUCUAUUUUCCGACACCAUUAAAUCAUACGUCAAAUCAGAAAAAAAUCAACCCUUUAAAUCUUGGAGAUGGCUUUACCCGACAAAAACCGUAUUUCUCGUUCAUUUAUGGGGAGCCAUCAUCUCGUUACUUCCUUAUUUCAUAUAUCAAAUACCCGACUCUCAACCGACAUCUCGCCUUCUAAUCUGGGCUUCCCUUUCACUCUUUAUCCUAAUUGUUCUGGGCUCAUUUUUCAGGGCCCGUUCUGCCGAAUGGGCUCUUUUGAAAUCAGUCACGGUAUCAUCUGCAUUUAUCGGGUUGUGUUUGAUGUCGGUUAUCAACUUUGCAACUGCUGAAAUUGGCGCUUUAUUAUUGGUUCCAAUGUGUUUGAUGACUAAACCGUGGCGGGUGGCGGGUAAAGUUCAGUCUGCGUUAAAUUUAGUUUUGGUGAUCAUUGGGUUUCCUGGUGCUACAUUUUUUGUGGUGAAAAGUGUGUUGGGGUUUGAAAACGGGUCUAGUUUAGUCGAGUUUUGGUACUGGGUGGAGUCUUUAUGGGCGUGGAAUAGUGCCACUUACAUUUAUAUAUGCAUGGUUCAUCUUCCUUGUUGGAUUUUGUGUAUUUACAUUUUGUUACAUCCAUGUUAGAUUUUGUACAAUAGAACUCAUUUAGCUUUGUAAGUUCUUUCAUAUAAAAUUUUGUUGGCUAGGUUUCACUUUCAUGUUUACAUUACAUUUGUGUUGUGUUUGUUAAUCUCCAAGAAGAGCUUGAUUGAUUA